AUGCUCAUGAGGUGGUUGUGGAAGUUUUUAAAGCCUGGAGAUCAGAAUUCAAGAGACUAUCCUGACAUGGCAAAAGAAGCAGGCCAGAAGGCUUUGGCUGAUGCACGGAUCCCGUAUACAGCAGUGGAACAGGCAUGUGUUGGAUAUGUUUAUGGUGACUCUACCUGUGGGCAGAGAGCUAUCUAUCACAGUUUGGGAUUGACUGGAAUUCCUAUAAUCAAUGUCAACAAUAAUUGUGCUACGGGUUCUACUGCUUUGUUUAUGGGCCGGCAACUGAUUCAGGGAGGUAUAGCAGAUUGUGUCUUGGCUCUUGGGUUUGAGAAGAUGGAGUUGGGAUCCCUUGGAUCAAAAUUUUCAGAUAGGACCAAUCCAAUUGAUAAACAUGUUGGAGUCUUGAUCAAUAAAUAUGGAAUAACUUCACACCCACUGGCUCCUCAGAUGUUUGGAUAUGCUGGAAAAGAGCACAUGGACAAAUAUGGGACAAAAAUUGAACACUUUGCAAAAAUUGGGUGGAAAAAUCAUAAACAUUCAGUUAACAACCCAUAUUCCCAGUUCCAGAAGGAAUACAGCUUAGAUGAUGUGAUGAAGUCUCGAAAAAUUUUUGAAUAUUUGACUAUCUUACAAUGUUGCCCCACUUCUGAUGGUGCUGCAGCAGCAAUUUUGGCUAGUGAAUCAGUUGUACAGAAAUAUGGCCUGCAAUCCCAAGCUGUGGAAAUUUUGGCACAAGAGAUGGUGACUGAUUUUCCAAGCUCAUUUGAAGAAAAAAGCAUUAUUAAACUGGUUGGUUUCGAUAUGAGUAAAGAAGCUGCCAGAAAGUGCUAUGAGAAAUCUGGCCUAAGACCAAAUGAUAUUGAUGUAAUAGAACUUCAUGAUUGCUUUUCCAGCAAUGAACUCCUUACUUAUGAAGCAUUGGGACUCUGUCCAGAAGGACAAGGUGGAAAGCUGAUUGAUAGAGGAGAUAAUACUUAUGGAGGAAAGUGGGUCAUAAAUCCUAGUGGUGGAUUGAUUUCAAAAGGACACCCACUGGGCGCUACAGGUCUGGCUCAGUGUGCUGAACUCUGCUGGCAACUAAGAGGGGAAGCCGGAAAAAGGCAAGUUCCUGGUGCAAAGGUUGCUCUGCAGCAUAAUUUAGGCAUUGGCGGAGCUGUCGUUGUAACGCUGUACAAGAUGGGUUUUCCUGAAGCUGUCAGUUCUUUUAGAACUCAUCACAUUGAGGCUGCUCCAACCAGUUCUGCAGUUGAUGGAUUUAAGGCAGAUCUUGUCUUUAAAGAGAUUGAGAAGAAGCUUGAAGAGGAAGGGGAGCAGUUUGUGAAGAAAAUCGGUGGCAUUUUUGCCUUCAAGGUGAAGGAUGGCCCUGGGGGUAAAGAGGCCACCUGGGUGGUAGACGUGAAGAAUGGCAAAGGAUCAGUACAUCCUAACUCAGAUAAGAAGGCUGACUGUACUAUCACAAUGGCUGACACGGACUUACUGGCCUUAAUGACCGGCAAAAUGAAUCCUCAGUCGGCCUUCUUUCAAGGCAAAUUGAAAAUCACUGGCAACAUGGGUCUGGCUAUGAAGUUACAAAGCCUUCAGCUUCAACCCGGCAAAGCUAAACUGUGAAGAACUCUCUCUGGCUACUUCUGAAAAUCAAAAUGAGACAUAGAAAUAUAUCCAGCCAUAUAUUUCAGUGUCAGAAAUUAGACAGAAACUAAGCACUGGCAAAUGGUGGGGAUAGAUUUGUUUUUAAAUGAGUGUGACCAACCCUGUUUUUCCUAAGUGGGGCCUGGCGGUGUACUUCUGCUUUGCUGAACUGUAUACAACUGUGCAUUACAAAGCUAAUACAGUAAUUAUGGUUUGAGCUAACAUUGAGUUUCAGAAAUAAACUUAGUAACAGUAAAAUCCCAAAACUAUGUAAACAGAAGCCUCCAUUUUGCUUACAAAGUGUAUUUAAAGAUUAUUCUGCUGAAGAUUCAAUUUAAAGAGUUUUUCUUGGUAGAAACUAGGAAAGAAACAGAACACUAGUAGCUGACCAGUAAUUAGUGUUGUACACUUACUGACCGGACUCUAUUUUCCACUAAUAAUUUUUCAAAUUCUGUGCUAAGAUGUUUUUUUAAAUACUUGAAAAAUUUGCAUUUUAUGCACUUGAAAUGGUAUUUUCCUCCCAAAUCAAAAUAAAAGAAAUAAGAAAAAAUAUCUAUAGCUGAACAUAGACCUUUUUUUUAAAUAAAUAAAAAUAUUCUAGAAAUAGAUUUCUUUCUUAAAAAAUCAGUGUAUUUGAGUCAUAAAACAAGUAUUGUGGAAAAUAGCUGCAGAAAUGAAAUUUGCUUUAAGAUGCACAGUUUUCAAAUUAUAAUCUAUUAAUUUAAUUAAAUAUAUAAAAUUCUCAGUUGUUAUAAUUCUCCUUUUAGUAUACAUUUAGUUUAAUUGCUUAUCUUCAUUUAUCUUUCCCUGGUAUUUCUAAUGCUGAUUUCUUAUCAUGAUAUAUAGGGUAAAAUAAUGCUUUUGGAAGAAUAUUUAAUAGAAAAUUAAAAUA